GUAAAAGACAGCGAGAAAUGUCUCCCAAGAAAGGGCACAUUUGCCAUUAUGUUACGCAAAUUACGCUUGCUUUAUUUGCAUAAUGUAUCGUUUCUGCAACUGGGUAUUGAUAAACCUACUUUGCACAUUAUCACAAGAUACUAAAUUAAUUCAUUUUAUGAUAUUGUUCAUUCAUUGAUAAUGAUUGCUUUGUCGAUGCAUAGCAUUUUUCCUAGCACUUUAUUUUUGGCACAUUGGCGGCGCGGUAAGUGCAGUCUGGCGCGCCCCCUGGGUGGGUUUAACUCCUAGAAUGUUGCUAGGAGACCAAACACAAACUCAUUUUGUGGAGAUCCCGCUAUCAUAUCUCUAGAAUUCACACAGUCUUGGCUUCCCAUUCUGAAUGAAGAGAGCGAAGUGGGCCAAGUGACACCAAAACAGCACCCCAGGAGGAGCUUGAGAGAGGAACCAUGCCAAAGAAGGGUGCAAAAAAGGGGGGAGCAGGGAAGCAGGCAGGGAUGACGGAGGAAGAGAGACUCUUGUACAUGCAGCAGAGGGCCCAGGCAGAGGACGAGAUGGCCAAAAGGAAGGAAGACAUGCUAACUCAAUUUCUCAAAGAUAAGCUGCAGAAGGAGGAGCGCAACAGUGCAGUGAACCUGCACAAGUUGACGCAGCAGUGGCGAGCAGUUCUCCGCCAGACACGGGCAGCUGAACUGCGCAGUGACAUUGCUGUGCUCAGCCAGACCUUUGAGAGGGUGCUGGACCGGAAGGACAGUGUCAUCAAGUGUUUGGUGUGUGACCUGAGUGAGGCAGAGCAGCAGUCAGCCCAGGCCCUGCGCUCUCACCUGGAGUGUGUGGACUGCCUGCUGGCCCUGCAGAAGGGUAGGCUGGCAUCCCUGGAGCAGCAGUGGAACAGCGGCCUGGAGGGACUGAGCUACGAAUUCAAUUCUGAGAGGGAGCAGAUCCUGUCCCAGCACCAGCAGGAGUGUGCUUACCUGGAGGAUGUGACCUUUGCCAUGGAGCAGUUCUACAUGGAGGUAGACGGGGAGGCUCGCCAGGACUACCAGAGCACCAGAGACGACAUCAAGAACAGGAACAUAGAGGAGAAACAUGCGUUGAGGAUCCAGUUAGAGGGGACGGUGGAGGGCCUGUGGCGUCAGUUCCAACAGGCCCUACGCAGCUACAAUGAGGCUACAGAGGACCGUCACAUCGCCUUUGAGUCGUUGAGGACCCGCGACCAGCGCAGUGCCCAGGAGAUCGACACGCAGAUGAGGAGGCUGCAGAAGAUGCAGGACUCCAUAUCUGCUCUGCGCUCUAGGCUGAACUCCAGCCAGAAGGAGAGUGAGGGGGCAGCACGGGGCCUGAGGGCGGCCAGGGAGGAGGUGACCCUGCAGGCUCGCCAGCUCAAGGCCCAGCUGAGCCGUGCCCGCACAGCCGAGAGGAACCAGCUCACCAACCUCACCGUGCACAGCAACGCCGCUGCCAAGAACCUACAGGGCAUCAUCACUAAGGGGGAGAGGUUGCUGCGUCUGGCUGAGAUGUGUCGUAAACUGGAGACAGAACAUGAGAAAGUCCUGCCCUUCUACACCUCAUCUCUCACUGCUGAGGAAGAGAGCCAGGAGAGAGCUAAUGCUAUGGAGCCUCCAUCUGAGGAGCUGGCACAGGCCAUGCUGGACUACCUGGUUCUGGAGCGGUUCUGGCAGCGUUAUAACAAGGUUCUGCUGGAGCGGCUGUGUUUGGAACGAGAGAGAGGAGCUCUGACCCAGGAGAACCAGCAACUGCGGAUCUUACUGCGCCAGUACCUGGAUGGCAUCUCCGUUAGUGACGAGAUCCUCCGCCAUCGCAACCCCCUGCUGAUGGUGUCACGGCCCACCCUCGCCGUUCAACCCACUGCUGAUGCCCAACGCAAGCGCCACACUGUCAUUGAGGCAGCACAUGUUGUGCAGCGCACGCUGUAGACUCAAUAACAGGCUCACAUCACACACCAUCACUCCUAGGUUAACUUCAAACUGCCAGAAUGCACUCCUUCUGACAGAACUCAAUUCCUUAUUCUAUUUGUGUGUUACUUCUUUCUACCAGGUGUCUUACAAUAUCCAUCAAAUAAAAGAGGACUAUUCCAUCCGAUA